AUGCAAGGAGGUGACCGCAAUCGCCCAACUGAGGGCAGGCUUGAAGACUGGGCCCAGGAUAUAAACGACGCUAAGGAACAGGGGCAGAAUAUUAACACUGGUGGUCUAAGGCCGGCACAACGUCAUAUUUCAACCUCCGGUGCCAGUGAUUCAAUAUCCUCGACCUUGGUCCCCUACGCAUACUACCCCUACCUAAAUGCUCCCAAUCUUCAUCGUCUUCCAGCAUCGGACAUUGCCUUUCUGGACUCCCAGAAAUGUUUCAGUGUACCGUCAGGUGAAUUCCUCGAGACGCUUAUUUCGCACUACUUUCUAUAUGUGCAUCCUUGCUUGCCUGUUAUUAAUGAGGCUGAGUUCUGGCCUGUAUUCCGACAGCGAGAACGACGCAAACCUUUUUCAUUGCUGGUAUUUCAGGCGAUGCUAUUUGUCGCAAGCAGCUAUCUCCCUGUAGAAUAUGUGAAAAGAAGCGGUGUGCAAUCGAUCAUUGCUCUCAGAGAUACCUUCUAUAGGCGCGCUAAGUUGAUCUACGAUUUCGACCUCGAGAAUGAUCAACUUCGGCUUGGUCAAGCUGCAGUUCUGCUCACAUAUCGGUGCUCUAGCACAGAUCGCCUUAGCAAUACGACAUGGCUGGCACUUGGGAUCCAGCAUGCCCGUGCAGUCAAAGCCCAUGUCUAUCACCGUUACCCGACAAAUGAGAGAGCCGCGCGCGUUACGUUGAAACGUCUGUGGUGGUGUUUAAUUCUGCGUGAUAGGUUACUCUCUUUAGGGGUACGACGAGCUCUCCAGAUCCUCCCAUGUCACUUUGACGUAUCAUCACACUCUCCACUCACCUAUGCAGACCUGGAGGAUGAAUUAGCUGCAACGAUGACCUUACUCCUGAUGACGGUGUAUCCCCCCGGUGACCACCAAAGCUUUGGACAAGGCUUAGAUCUAGUCCCGGCUCGAACUGACGAUCUUAAAGAGCGCCUCCAAUUCUGGGAAUCAAACCAUAUGGUUCAGGUCGAUGCAUCCGACGGCCAGUCGCACCAGGCAGUGGUCUUUUAUUGUCAACUAACCUCUUUAUACUAUCAAUCCGCCCGCCUAGUCCUGUAUCACUAUAUAUCCUUUUGUCUCUUCGCUCAAAAGAACCUGGAGUCCACCGCCGAGGAUGUUGAAGACCCGGAGCUCGACUUAAUGGACGCUCUGACGACGAUGAAUGACAGAGUAAAAAGGUUUGUGAUCGACGGCACAACAGGUCAAUUACCCAUUGGCGUUGUCGCAUACACCGUUGCCCCGCAGAUUCUGCUAAACAUCAACCUCCGGCUCUGUCGGAACGACAUAGAGAGACAACGUCAAGAGCAGCCUCUUAGGUUUUACACGGAGAUCUCUCGCCUUUACAAUAUACGCUACGAUGUCGAAUAUAUCUCCUGCUGGAUUCGACAUAUAGUGCGUACUUUUGACUUUCGUGUAUCCCACGGGGGCGUGGAACUCUUGAAACAGCGAAGCCAGCCUGUCGAUACACCAUCUCAAUCAGCUAUGGCUACCGCCAAUCGAUGUUCUAGGGGUGGACUGUCUGAACUCCUCAGUCGUCAACCGUCUGUCUAUUUUGAGCUUGUUGCGGUUGUGGACUAUUUCAUGUCAACAGGCCGCGGGGCCUUUGAAGCCCCCAGUUCCUUUCCUAUCCUCCCGUCUAUCCAAUGUCUUCCUCUAUAUCAGGAGGCUAACCUACCGCUAUCCUUGCCUGUCGCAGAGUUGGCAGCCGAGCAACCCCUGACCGAUCAACCUCUACUGUGUCCAGAAAUGGAAAAGUUGCAUGAGGAGGCAUCAGAAGAGUGUGACUCGGUCUCGCUAGACGGAAUGUGGUUAUUCCCAGCCUCAACUGAGAGUGCCGCAGUGAUGGCCUCCGAUAAUGAGGGGAUACAGAUGGAUGACACGCCGUUUACUGAUGAGGAUCCGGUUUGUGCCGAUACUAUAUGGCGCGACCUAGGCUUAUGUGGAGAGUAG